UUUGUGUUAGGAAUUAAAAAAGAGUGAUUUAGUGAAAUUUAUCUUCCAAAAGUCAUAGUAUUUAAGAAAAUGUGAUAUAAUUUAUCACAAACUUAGUGUUAUUUUUUGAAAAAAAAAAUAUAGUGAAAAUCACUUGCGAUAGUUAAAAAAAAUAUUCAACAAAUAAAAUUAAAUAAAAUAGUUGAUCAUGAUGUGCUUAAGUGGAUACAAUAAAUUCCUAAAAUCAUGCAGUCUCCUAUUUUUAAUAGUUUUCGUACUGAAAUCGAAUUUAAUAACCUGUGAUAUUAUAACAAAUUCGACAAAAAAUGAGAAUCAUACAGCACCAAUAAUUCAAUGUAAAAAAAAUAGUAAUAAUGCAGAACAGGAAGAUUGCAUUAUGCGAGAUAGCCAUGUAGUGAUAGUGAAGAAAAUUGAUAGAUAUUUAAAUGAGCCAGGCUCCAUGUAUAGCUCAUAUGCUGAUCGUCUUAAACACACGUCAAUAUUAUAUGGGCUAGUAAAGCUAGCUCAAGAAAACGAAUUGAAUCAAAAGUGUUAUAAUGAAAUUAUGCAAAUUUAUGAUGGAAUCAAUAGAAAAGAAAUUUGGGCUAUGAAGACCUUGGACUCAUCAGGCCACUUUGGAUCUGGUUUUCUUCAUGGCAAUAAUCAUUGGUUAGGCUCAGAAAAAGGAUGUCAAUCGUUAACAUCUCCCUUACAUGUAACAUUAUCGAAUCGAUUUGAGCGGCUAAUGAAGCCUGAUUUGAUACAUGCUGUUGCACCAUUCGAAAUGAACUACCGCAUGAUUUAUGCAAAGCAUUACUCAGCGUGGCAAAUUGAAAUCAAAUUUCAUACAGAGAAUUUACUCCAUAUUGGAUUAUGUCUACCGAAAUCAUGCAGCAACAAUGAAAUUCACAAUUUAACACAAGAGUAUUUAAAUAGCAGAACUCUUGACGCACAAAAUUUGUUUGAAUUUGAGAGUGAUGUCUUACUCGUCAAAGAUUUAAAGCUUAGAGAAAACUUUUUCUCCAAAAAAAGUGUCAUUAUUUUAUGCAUCAUAAGCGUCAUUACCUUAACAAUCGUACUCUGUGCAUGGUAUAGAGAUGAGAAAAUAAAUGAUGCACUAGAUCCAGUCGAAGCAGCUCAGUGCAACAACUUUUGGGACAAGAUUUUGAAAAGCUUUUCAAUACAAAACAAUUAUAAGAGCUUAAUGGAUGACACAAUUCCUCCUAAUUCGAUUAGUGUCAUCAAUGGAAUUAAGUCAAUAUCAUGCUUCUUAAUUCUGUGCUUUCACAUGUUUUGGUUUAGUUUUUACGUAACAAGCAAUCCAGGUGUGCUAUUUCAUUUAUCAGAAAAAGUAAGUUUUCAAUGGAUUGCGAAUGCAGCUCUUAUGGUCGAUUCGUUCUUCUGCAUCAGUGGAUUCCUUGUUGCAUAUAAUUUCAUAAGAAAUGAUAAGCAAAUGGAGGAAAUCAAAAACAAUACGCUGAUGCAAAAUGUAAGGCUCUUUGGAAAGCUUUUGUUGCAUAGAUUUAUAAGACUUUCUCCCCUUUAUCUCAUGGUUGGCUUACUGACAGAAAUUUUUACGUCAUACAUUGUGGAUGUAUCAAAAUUUUGGGUACAUGAACGAACUGAUUUAACAUGUCAGCAAUUUUGGUGGAGAAAUAUUUUUUAUGUUCACAAUCUGUAUAGUCAUGAUGAGUUGUGUAUGAACUGGACAUGGUCAAUGGCUUGUGAAAUGCAAUUCUUCAUAAUGUUCACGAUAAUCUUAUUUGUAUUUGCAAAAAACAAAAUUUACGGAAAAAUAACAUUCAGCAUGUUUACACUACUCAUGCUUGUUAUCGGCGUUAAGAAGACUUUCAAGUACCAAUUUCUGCCAAGCUUUGAUGUUCUUCUGUACACAGGAACUGAACUUUACAUAUCUCCAUGGACUCGUAUCAUACCAUAUGCGGUCGGUGUUGGUUGCGGAUGGUAUUUGAAUAAAUACAGAAAAACAUUCAGCAUGUCUGAUAAAAUGCGCAACUUUAUGUUCUUCUUAUCAUCAUUUUUGCUGGUUUUGGCACUUCAUGCAACAAUUGAGAGAAAUAUCAGUGUUGAGAUUGCAUCAUUUUGUAUCUUAAUAGGAAGACCAUUGAUCGCUUUUUCAGUUAGCUGGUUUAUUAUCACAAACGCAUGCGGCUAUAACUGUUGGACCUCAAAACUGUUUUCUGCACGAAUUUUUGUACGAAUUAAUAAAUUAACAUAUGCCAUUUACUUGCUCAAUCCACUGGUAAUAUCAAUAGUUUUUGGUAAAUUUGAUCAUGGAACGUUUGUUGAUCCAGUGUUGUAUACAAUUCUUAUAAUUGGAAUUACACUAUUGACCUAUGUACUUGCCAUUGUAUUUUCACUUCUUUUUGAAAUUCCCUUCUACAAGCUUUCCAAUGAAAUUUUAAGAGCAACAAAGUCGUCUGGAGUAUCAACGAAUGGGUUUAAAGCCAAAUCAAAUUGAUCGUUUAAAGAUGUCAGUAAUUAAUGUUGUCGACAUUUUUAACUUUCUCAUCUCUCUUAAUUUUAAUUUAAUUAAGCAAUUUAUUUAUUGAUGAAAACAAUUCU